AUCAGACCGCCAUGUUGGAUGCACAGACGGCAGAGAACCAUCCCGGCGGGUUGCCAGACUUUCUCCCACACUUUCAGACCCAGUGGAGCUGGACCGGACUGGACCCGGACCCGGACCGGAGGCUCUGAAACCAGUUAAAAUCUUUACUUCUCUUCGUGGUAACUUCCGGAAGGCUCGCGGGCCGUGAUGGAGCCGGCCGAGACUUUCAUGUCCCAGACGGAGCUGGUUCUGGAGGUGGCGGUGGAGUCCGCGGUCUGCGUCCUGCAGCAGAGACUCGGACCGGACGGGACGGACGGCGAGCAGAGGCGGCACCAGCUGACCGCCGUCCUGGAGGGGACCGCCAGAGAGGUGGCCCGUAAGAUCUGCAGGAUCUUCAGAGCGCUGUACGCCGGCGUGGAGAAGGAAAACCAGGUCCUGAGGGACAAAGUGGGGCGUCUGGAGUCUGAGCUGAGGUCAGAGGUCGAGAGGAACGCCACGCAGACCGUUUACAAGAUCAAACCAUCAGAUGGCCCCGCCCUCUCUCUGGACAUCAACCAACCAGCUGCCAACCCCGCCGCCCUCGCCAUGGCCAUCCUCAACUCCACGAGAACCAGACGCAGAGCCAGCAGCAACCCUCAGUGCCCCUGGUCAUCAUCAGCCAGCCACUUCCUGCUCCAAUCACAGGCCAGAGCCAGAGCAGCCCCUCCCCCCAGGAACCGCCGGAGGAACCGGAUCACACCGCCGCUAACGCUAAUGCUAACACCGCUGCUACGUCAGACUGACCUCCAGACUGAGGUGUUUAGAAAACCAGAUCUCCACGAUGACCAAUCACCAAGGUGUCACCUCCGCAGACGUGACAUCACUUCCUGUGACUAA